AUGGCCCGGCAGCCCUCUAUGUCCUCAAUUGCAGCCGUAGUCCGUCGCGCAGAAGCAGCCGACGCCCGUCAGCGGGCGCCGGCCGCUGGGAUGGCACUGUGGCCCGCGGAAGACCUAUUUUUAGUGACCGUGACAGGGGCUUCCAGUGGCGAUACAGGGCUGGAAACUGAGUUGUGUGGAAAUCGAGAAAUGCGACUGUGA